ACUCAAUGUUUUUGUUGCUUAUUAUUCAUUUUUUAAAGUUUUCCAUCAUGCAUUGCAACUAAACUGUUACAUCUUGUAGAUCCAGCUUUGUAAAAUAAUCAUGAAACGACCCCGAGAAUAUCAUGUACAUUUUAGAAACAUGACACGUGCUUUCUCAUGAGUAUUUCGGCAAUGGGCCGAAUGGCUACGGAAAAUAAACAACAGAGACUUGCCGUACUGAAGAGAAAUUAAAGAAAAGUAGACACUUGAGAGAAAAAUCCUGAAAAAAUCUCGAGGGUGACUGUUUUUUAGUUUACAAAAAAAAGAAAAACAACGUGAAGUGCAAAUAGAUCUGGCUGAAGAUAAACAAACUAACAAUUCCUUUGCAAAAUAUAAAACUUAAAGAAAAAAUGGAAAAAAAAAAAAUACCGUGAUCAGUGAUCACGUUAAACGAGAUUUGACGUCGUGAUUUACGCAUGACGUUGACGUUGUUUCUACGCGACAUUGUCAUUGACGCCACAGCAAUAGAAAAGCGAAUUUAUUCACAUAUCAGUUUUCAGCGAUAUUUAACGAUUAUCGACAGUUAUGGAGGAAGUUUUUAUACCGAAAAUAUCUAUCCUGACCCAAGAUGGAGGAAUAUUUUCCAGUCUUGACAGUUUAUCUGUAUUUACCGGAUACGUUCCCAUUACAGUUCCGAUUUUCCAGGCAGUGAAAGUUAAGCAAGAAAACAGACUAACCACUUUCCUGCGAACAUUGAGAAACUCUGUUCUGAAAUAUUCUAGACAAGAUUAUGAUAUCAUUAGUACUGAUGAAGAUUUUGAUACACUGUUUUCCUCUGAGACACACCUAGUUUUAAAAGAACGCAAAAGAACGCUGGUACACUUCAUUAAGAAACAUGAAACAGCCCUGCUUGCAUUGAGAGAAGCUAGAAUGAAUUGUUGGAAGUCAAAGGCAAAGCUGCAAAAGUAUGAGUUGAUUUUAGAGACACAGAGAUCUUCGUUACGUUACAACCAGAACGAGGCUAAAGUAAGAGAGGCAGCAAUUGAGGAUAUGGAAUUGGUACAUAAUAAAUGGAUGGUCAAGCACGAGAAAGACCAUAUUGCUUUUGAGAAAAAGUUCUUAGCUGAGAUAAGUUUGCGAGAGAAAAUUCAAAAG